UUCAUCUAAUUUUUUUAUCUAUACAAACGUAUGUAUAUAGACGUGCGUAUCUCGGUUUCAUCGAUUCCCUCCACUGGUCGACCAUCGAAGAUUACUUAAAAACAAUAUUUUUCGUUAGCUAAACAAAUGAUGCAAUUGUCCGUAUUGAACAUUCAAUAUGUCUAACGUGAACGACCUAACAUAAACUCGUCAAGUAUAAACACGUCAACGCUUAACGUUUAUUUUGUUUUGAUUCGCCGUUUGCCAUUCAACCAUGCUGAGGUGCUGCCAAAGUGGCACUCGUUUUAUGGCUGUCCGGAAAAAACACACCGGAAAAGUAAUAGCCAUACGCAGGGAAGAUCAAUCCGUGUGGGAGAGACGAGCACCGUUCGCGCCGGCCAACGUGGCCCAGUUGACUAGGAAUGGAGUUAAGGUGAUCGUUCAACCUGCCAACAGAAGAGCUUAUCCCGUUCAAGCAUACGUUAACGCCGGGGCAGUUAUACAGGAAGACAUAUCAGAAGCAUCAGUUGUGUUUGGCGUCAAACAAGUACCCAUAGACUUACUGUUGCCGGACAAAACAUAUUGCAUGUUUUCGCACACGAUCAAAGCCCAAGAUGCGAAUAUGCCACUCUUGGACGCCGUACUAGAAAAAAACAUACGGUUAAUCGAUUACGAGAAACUAAUGGAUGACUCCGGCAACAGAGUGGUGGCGUUCGGAAAGUAUGCUGGCAUAGCCGGUAUUAUAAAUAUCUUGCACGGUCUGGGUCUAAGGCUAUUGGCGUUGGGACACCAUACACCGUUGAUGCACAUUGGACCAGCGCACAAUUAUAGGAACUCUAUGAUGGCCAGACAAGCAUUGAGAGAUGCCGGGUACGAGAUAGCCCUAGGAAUGAUGCCUAAAUCCAUUGGACCCAUCACGUUUGUUUUCACGGGGUCAGGCAACGUGUCUCAAGGGGCUCAAGAAAUAUUCCAAGAGCUCCCGCACGAGUACGUACCACCGUCUAUGCUUCAGAAAGUAGCGGAACACGGCUCCAACGCCAAGUUCUAUGCUUGUGUGGUCAGGCGCAGAGACCAUUUGGAGAGGAUCGAAGGAGGUGGGUACGACCGGGAGGAAUGUGAACAACAUCCGUCUAGAUACAUGUCCACAUUUAAUAAAAAAAUUGCACCGUAUGCUUCAGUUAUUAUCAACGGAAUAUAUUGGGCGCCGGACAGCUCCAAGCUUCUAACCGUACCCGACGCCAAAAAAUUACUCACCCCGUCGCAACUUCCUUGGAUUCCGGUGUCUGAAGGAGCACCGGGUCUGCCUCACAGGUUGCUUGGUAUCUGUGACAUAUCUGCCGAUCCAGGCGGAUCAAUCGAGUUCAUGAACGAAUGCACGACCAUUGACAACCCGUUUUGUCUCUACGACGCACAUCUGCACAAAGACACUAAGAGUUUUAAGGGUUCCGGAGUAUUGGUAUGUUCUAUAGAUAAUAUGCCAACGCAACUUCCUAUGGAAUCGACAGAUUUGUUUGGAAAUUUGGUAUUACCUUAUGCGAUGGAUAUACUCCAAUCGGACGCUACCGAGCCGUUGGCCGAACAAAACUUUUCGCCAACUGUACUCGGGGCCAUUAUCGCAAGUAACGGAUCACUAACAGAACGGUUCGAAUACAUUCAUGAAUUACGAUUAUCUAACAGAUUGACGUCUUUUAAAUCGUCAAGUGUUGAUGAGUGUAAGAAAAUCGUGCUUGUUCUGGGAUCAGGUCAUGUGUGCGCUCCCCUCAUCGAAUAUUUGUUGAGAGACGAAUCAAUUGUGAUAAAACUCGGUUCAGUAGACAUGAACGAAGCUAAUAGUAUUUCAAAUAAAUUUAAUCGAGUACAACCAAUACACAUUAAUAUUCUUAAAGACAUUGAAAGCUUAAGAACUCUUGUCAAAGAAUCAGAUAUAGUGGUCUCGCUUCUUCCUAGUCAGUUCCAUACUUUAGUGGCCGAACGGUGUAUUGAAUAUAGAAAAAAUAUGGUAACGGCCUCAUAUUGUUCGGAACAAAUGAAGCAGCUGCACGAUAGGGCAGUCGAAGCUGGUAUAACUGUGGUGAAUGAAGUCGGUCUGGAUCCUGGUAUCGAUCACUUAUUGGCAAUGGAGUGUAUAGAUGAGAUACACCAAGAAGGCGGCAAAAUAGAAUCGUUUAUUUCUUAUUGCGGAGGUUUACCAGCACCAGAAUACUCAAACAACCCGUUAAGAUACAAAUUUUCAUGGUUCCCUCGUGGAGCACUUAUAAAUACCAUAUCUGAAGCUAAAUAUUUACAGGAUCAUAAAAUUAUAGAAAUCCCGGCCGGGGGUUCGUUAAUGAAUAAUACAGAAGAGUUAAAUUUUUUACCCGGUUUCGCGUUCGAAGGCUUUCCUAACAGAGACAGUACUCAAUACUCCCAACUAUACGGAAUAGCAGCGGAAGUAAAGACCAUGCUCAGGGGCACUAUACGGUACAAAGGGUUUACCGAUAUGAUGAAAAUACUUCAAAAGUUGCAGUUGAUAGACCCGAACAACCAUACAGCUUUGCAUCCCGACGGACCGGACAUCACCUGGCGUCAGCUGAUGUGCACUUUGUUGGAAUUCAAUGAUGCCGACAUAUUUUACGAAAACUUGCUGUCGAAAGUCGGUGACAAAAUCGGCAAUUCGUUUGUCAAUAAAGUAGUGGAACUCGGGCUGUUGCUAGACGAACCGGUAACGAAGCUCGGUUCUCCGUUGGAUACGUUUUCCCAUUUUAUCGGUUCGAAAUUGGCACUGAGCAAAAGCGAAAGGGACUUAGUGGUCUUGUACCACGAUAUCGAAGUUUUGUGGCCUGGCAAUCGACACGAAAAGAAAUUGGUGACACUAGUGGCGUACGGUGAUACAUACGGUUACACAGCCAUGGCUAAAACCGUUGGGAUUCCAACAGCCAUCGCGACUAACAUGGUCCUUCAAGGAGAAAUCCAAGCAAAAGGGAUGGUGUUGCCGUUUACUCCGGAUAUUUAUAGGCCGAUGUUAACCCGAUUGAGAUUAGAAGGAAUAUCAGCACAAACGACGGUCGUAGAACAAUGAAUCUAAUAAUUAAUGUACUCGUAUAAUAACGACACGCAUAAGCUAAUAACGACCAUAUAGAUAAGUAUGUUACACGAUUUAUGUACACGGAUUUUGAGUAUGUAUUGUAUACCUGAUAACUACGACGUAUAAAGAUAAAAUAUACGUUUAUAUAUAUAUGCAUUUAUUAAGAGUCAGGUGUAUGAUUGACAAAAUUUAAAGUAUAUUUAUGUGUUCAUUUUGA